AUUUUGCUGGAUGCCUGGAUGCUGGCGAUUGGUGCUAUCUGCCAUCGCCAGAUAGCCGAGCGAACAUGGAGUCGGUUUCACAUCUCAUCAAGGUGUCUGUGCCAAAUUAUUUAGCUGGCCUACCUAUCCCGGAUUCGAUAGGCGGAUGGUUUCGUUUAGGAUUACGAGACUGGUUCGCCCUUCUGCCACCCACCGCCCUUCUCACGGGAUUAGGAUUUAUGUCCUACAGAGCGUUUUGCCCUCAUGGUAGACCUGCGCCAUGUGGACGUGUUAAUGUCAAAAUAAAGAAGGAUGUUGCUAAAGUAGUAGAUACUGUUGAUAUCGAAGAUAUUUCUGAAAAAGCUGUGUUCUGUCGUUGCUGGAAAUCUGAUAAUGUAAGUUCUUCUUCUGUACUAUUUUUAAAAUUAGCAAAGUGCAAGUAAUACAUAUCUUUUGAUUUGAUUUUAUUUUUUAAUA